CCUUUGUUUCUUCCUCUUCCUCUCAGCCUGUAUCUCUAUUUUCGACCUCACAAGAGGGAUUGAGCUCUUUCUGCUCUGAUGAGCCACCUUCAGAAAUUGUAACUUCUUCCUUUCUUUCAUCUUCUGAAAUGCGUAACACUGACCUUACAACACAACAUGAAGAAAAAAGCAAAGUGUUAGGCAACCAACUUAUUUUAGCCAAAGAAGGAAAAGACCACCUGGCUCUUCUAGAUAUGAAAAAGAUGGAAAAGCCUCAAGGGACCAGCAACAACCUAGCAGACUCUGCCGUUUCUCUUAUAGCCGGAGUUCACUGUAACCAUCCUUGUCUUCCAGCCUGUUUCCCAGAGCAUUCUGCUUUUCCCUCAAAGGAAGUUGGUCACAUGGAAGAGCAAAUAAAUAAGGACCAAGAAGCCAAGAACCCAAAUGAGGUACCGAAUAGGAAAGAUAAAACUGCAUUGGACGCUGAUGUCAAAUUCACUUUGCUAACAGCCGAGAAACCACCUGCUGAGCAGUCUAAAGGAGAAGGCAUCUGUACAUAUUCCUUGUCCCCAUCCACAGUUUCAGAAGGUGGAAUUAUUGAAAAGGAUUCCCCUGAAUCUCCAUUUGAAGUAAUUAUUGACAAAGCAGCAUUUGACAGGGAAUUUAAAGACUCUUACAAAGAGAGCACAAAUGAUUUUGGUAGCUGGUUGAUGCACACUGAUCAAGAGUCAUCUGAAGACAUUUCGGAGACUAAUGACAAAGUAUUUCCACUGAGAAAUAAAGAGGCAGGGCGUUAUCCAAUCUCUGCAUUGCUCAAUAGACAGUUUUCACACACAACUGCAGCUUUGGAAGAGGUAUCUAGAUGUGUGAAUGACAUGCAUAAUUUUACUAAUGAAAUACUGACCUGGGAUUUGGUUCCCCAAGUGAAACAGUGGACUGAGAAAUCUUCUGACUCCAUCACAAAAACUGUAGGACUUAACCGGAGUGAGUGUAAUUCAGAAAUUCCAGUUGUAAAUCUUAAAACUAACACUCAUCAGAAAAUCCCUGUAUGUUCUGUUAAUGGGAGCACUCCCAUCACUGAAUCAACAGGCGGUUGGGCAGAGGCACCUCUCAUGCAAGGAAAUGCUGUUGCUGGAAAACCUACAUCAGACUCUCCGAAUUCCACAGAGGAAGUUGGUGUCAAAGGUGUGCAAGACAGUGUGCAGAAACCAGAUGACACCCAGUCAGGGUUCCCUGGGUCUCCAUUUGCAAAGUGUGACUCUUUGGGUUCUGGAGAGACUGCAGUGAAAGUUGUUCUCCCUGAUGGGCACCUGAAGGAUGAAAUGAACUGGCAGGGUUCUGUGCUGGGAGAAAUCACAGAGGCUGACAGUUCUGGGGAGUCUGAUGAUACAGUCAUAGAGGAUAUCACAGAAGACACAUCAUUUGCGAAUAACAAAAUUCAGGCUGAAAAACCUGUUUCCAUGCCAAGUGCUGUUGCAAAAACAGGUGAAAGAGAAGUCAAAGAGAUUCCCUAUUGCAAGAGGGAAAACAAAACAUCUAAAAACUUUGAAGAGUUGGUCAGUGAUGGGCAGCCUGAUGUUCUUGGAAGGAGUCCAGUUGGUGAGGCAUCGUGUUCACAGGUACCCAGGUUGAAUGUCUUAUCAGAAGACGUGAAACAGUCGAAUAGGAUGAGCGAAGUUGUUUCAGAAAAGCCUGUUACUCCUGAGAACCCCAGUGUGAAAACUUCUGCCUGUUUGGAGUCACUACAUGGGAAAAACGUUAAAGAUAUAGAUGAUUCCUCCCCAGAGGACCUGAUAGUGGCCUUCACAGAAACCAGAGUGAAAGGAAGAGUAGAUCAGGGUGAAGGAAAUGCCUCUGAAGUAGUAUCAGAGAAGAGGACAGACUUUAAGACAACUCUUUCUGUAGGAGUCUUGCAAGAAAGAGAGUCAGGUGGUUCUGGAAUUAAAGACAUUAAAAGCAAAUACAGUGAACAAAGCACAAAAACAAAUGGAAAUGAGCUGCCGGAUGUUUUCCCUACCCAAGGUGCUCCAGUAGUAUCUCUUGACUUAGAACAAGAACAGCUCACAAUCAAAGCCCUUAAAGAAUUAGGUGAAAGGCAGGCGGAGAAGUCAGCUUUUGCACAGCGUGAAGUAGAAUCUCCUUCUGAAGAAGUACGCAAGCAAACUUCCACAUUCACUCCAGAAUCUUGGCCACAGAAAUCAACUGACGUCCUAGAACAUAAUGUCAAGACAGGAUCUGAUCUUGGGAUUUCCAAAAUGCCCACUGCUGUCAAAGAAACUACCAGGGUAGAUUUUGUUUCCAGCCCUAGCAAGACUGAACUGGUAAACAAGCAUAUCCUAGCAAGACUCCUGACAGACCUCUCAGUGCACGAUCUGAUUUUCUGGCGAGAUGUGAAGAAGACGGGGUUUGUCUUUGGCACCACACUGAUCAUGCUGCUUUCCCUGGCAGCUUUCAGUGUCAUCAGUGUGAUUUCUUACCUCAUCCUGGCUCUUCUCUCUGUCACCAUCAGCUUCAGGGUCUACAAGUCUGUUAUCCAAGCUGUACAGAAGUCAGAAGAAGGCCAUCCGUUCAAGGCUUACCUGGAUGUAGACAUCACUCUGUCCUCAGAAGCCUUCCACAACUACAUGAAUGCUGCCAUGCUGCAUGUCAACAGGGCCCUGAAGCUCAUCAUUCGUCUCUUUCUGGUGGAAGAUCUGGUUGACUCCUUGAAGCUGGCUGUCUUCAUGUGGCUGAUGACCUAUGUUGGUGCCGUUUUUAAUGGAAUCACCCUUCUGAUUCUUGCCGAACUGCUCAUUUUCAGUGUCCCGAUUGUCUAUGAGAAGUACAAGACCCAGAUUGAUCACUAUGUUGGCAUCGCUCGGGAUCAGACCAAGGCAGUUGUUGAAAAGAUCCAAGCAAAACUCCCUGGAAUCGCCAAAAAAAAGGCAGAAUGAGCACAUGGAAACCAGAGAUGCAACAGUUACUAAAACACCAUUUAAUAGUUAUAACAUUGUUACUUGUACUAUGAAGGAACACGCUCAGUGUCAGCUUGAGCCUGCAUUCCAAGCUUUUUUUUUUUUUAUUUGGUGUUUUCUCCCAUCCUUUCCCUUUAUCCUCAGUAUCAAGCACAAGAAUUGUUGGACUAAAAAAGAGCUAUCUUAGAAUGCAAACGAAUAAAGAAGUUCAUAGGAUAAAUCAGUACCUUAAUAUGGUGGUAGAGCUUUUCCCCCAGACUUGAAAGGGGAAAGAUUGGAAGUAAAAGAGAAAAUGAAAGCUAGAUGCCUCUCUUGGGUCCUUCUCUCCAGAUUUCAGGACUAGGCUUACUCAGCUUCCCAUUGUAGUUUUGCCCUUAUUUUUAAGUUAAAUAAUGAUUAACUUAUGAAGAAAUUAUUCGGGGACAGGAGUGUGAUUCCUUCUUGGGCUCUCUUUGAAGCCCUCAAGUCCUGUCUUCCACCCUACAAUGUGAGCAGCUAUUCCUAAUAUUUUUUUCUUCUCUUAAUACUAUAAUUCUCAACUCUGUGAAUAACUUCUAGGUGGUAGUGAUAACUCCUGAUUCCCAGAAUGCCAUCUGAUAAAAAAGAAUAGAAAGGAAGCGGAACGUGGGGUGGAGAGGGAGUCAGCAGGAGUGCCGCGCAGCCACCACCUAUUGGCUCUGUCUCUAGAGAGGGAAAGGCUCCUCCAUUUGGGAAGGUGGCAUCUGCGUCAUUCUUCUUGGAUGUCACUUCUGAGCGCUGGUUUAAGAACUCGUUCCCGAGUGUGCUUUCCUCCCUCUCCCUUGCCCACUUCACCUCAAGUCUAAUAAAUAUGGUUGUACUUUUCUUAUUAUGAAAUAAAUGUCUGUAACUACUGUACACUGCUGUAAACUUGUUAGAGAAAAACAUAAUCUGCAUGUGGGCUCCUCAGUUAUGAGUAAUUGUAACCCUAUCUCAGUCUGCGGGGGGGGAGGGACAUUCUCAAGAGGUGAAACACAGAAAUGCAAAAAGGCUUUUUUUCUUGCUCUUUUCCCUACAGCUUCCUCCCUCACAUUCUGCAUCUUCCACCUGUGUUCAUCAUUGUAGCCUAAGGACCAAAGCCGAGCUGGCUCAACAGGAGAUGCCUUGUGUCUGUGGCGAAAAGACCACAAGUUAGUGUAGAGACGUGCAUCUUGUGGUCCAAGUGGAGUUUUAACUGCUGAGGCUAGCUGACGGGUGUGUUGUUUCAAGGGUUCGCUGUCAGGCACAUAGAUGUUCCAGUAGCAUCUCUGCCACUGCCCAGGAUGCUUCUCUGAAGAGUGUUUGCCAAGACGUUUUAGGUGAGGGUGACCAGGUUGGGCUCUAAGUACAAUUAACAGACAGCCGAACAACUGAUGUCAAAUGGAGGGUCAUUGGGAAUCUCUGAUUCCCGUCUGAGGCUGUUCUUCCUUCCCUUCAACAUGAAAAUUCAGCAUACUUGAAAGAAAAGUCAUGUGUGAGAGAGUUCCUUUAGAUUGUAACUUGUGAUCACCCAGAGAGAAUGUGCUCUGGUGACCUUAGGUUGGGGCUACAGUACUGAUGGUCCCGAUGUCUUGCAGCUGCUGGAGAGGGUGGUGGAAGGAAAUGUUCUUUCCACCUUUUGGGGGGGGAAAUCACUUAGAAACUUGGAUGAGUAAAAGGUACCCUGCCUUACUCCACUUUCUGGUUUUCUGAGUUCCCUUUCCUUUUGAAUUGUUCAGCUGAUUUCUGUCCUAGUAGGAAACACGUUCUCUGUGGUCAUCCUUCACCCCCGCAGGACGCCAAUGCACUGAUUGUCUUUGUGGGCUUUCCCUCCAAGGGCCCUCUGGCCCUGGAAGCGCCACAUCCAGCUUUUUCUUUUGUUGCUGCUGUGUUUAGAUAAUUGGGGAGAUCUUUGUGCCACGCGGGAAUUUUUUUUAAACCUCUAGAUGAAAAAUUACUAAUGAAACUGUGUGCGUGUCUGCGUGCAACAUAAAAAUACAGUAGCACCUAUGGAACUUGAAUCUUGGUUCCUUUGUAAAACUGCAAAUUGAUGUGGUAUUAAUAAAAACACAAUGACUGUGGUGUCA